UUUGUGUUUCUGUAGUAACUGUAACUACAGCAACUAUAGUUAGAUUUGAUUAGCUUUAUUGAGUAGCCAAAAAUGGCGUCAAUGGUAGGGACAGACGACAAUGAGUCAGAGUCAUUGAGAAUCGAGUUGGCCGAGGUUGGAAUAAGGAGCUUGGGAUCUUCAGCCAAUGACGACGAAACAGAGAGAAUGGCUCUGAAGUUUGAAAGGUUAAGAUCCAAAGAGGAUGAUUAUGGAGACCAGAAGGACGAUAAUGGUGAUAAAGAAACAGUUCAUCAUUAUGGUGGUGAUGUUGCCAAGCUUGGAGCUCAAGAACGACAUUGUUUCAUUGAGAAAAUUAUCAAACACGUUGAGAACGAUAAUCUCCAGCUCUUGACGAGAAUCAGAAAUAGAAUUGACAAGGUUGGUGUGAAAUUGCCUACUGUAGAGGUGAGGUAUAAAAAUCUUAGAAUUGAUGCAGAGUGUGAGGUUGUCCAUGGAAAGCCUCUGCCAACUCUAUGGAAUUCUUUUAAGAGCAUGAUUUUUGGGUUUACAAAGAUUCCAGGUUUAGGUUCAGCUAAAGCUAAGAUCAGCUUAUUUAACGAUGUUAGCGGUAUCAUAAAGCCUGGAAGAUUAACACUUCUGCUUGGGCCCCCAGGAAGUGGUAAGACAACACUAUUGAAAGCUCUAUCAGCCAAUCUAGACUCGUCCCUUAAGUUGACAGGGGAAAUUUCUUACAAUGGAUACAAAGUGGAGGAGUUUGUUCCUGAGAAAACUGCUGCUUAUGUAAGCCAAUUUGAUCAGCUCAUCCCUGAAAUGACAGUAAGGGAAACACUUGACUUUUCAGCUCGUUGUCAGGGUGUUGGAAGCCGAGCUGAGAUUAUGAAGGAGGUCAGUAGAAGAGAGAAAGAAGCUGGAAUUGUACCUGAUCCUGACAUUGAUACUUUCAUGAAGGAAAUUUCGGUGAAGGGACUGAAAAGAACCCUUCAAACAGACUAUAUACUGAAGAUUCUUGGACUUGAUAUAUGUGCUGACACUUGGAUUGGAGAUGCCAUGAGAAGAGGCAUUUCUGGUGGUCAGAAGAAGAGAUUGACAACAGGGGAGAUGAUUGUUGGUCCAACAAAAGCUUUGUUCAUGGAUGAGAUAACAAAUGGCUUAGACAGCUCUACUGCAUUUCAGAUUGUUGCUUGUAUUCAUCAGUUGGCACACAUUACAGAUUGUACAGUACUCGUUUCGCUCCUUCAGCCUGCACCAGAAACAUUUGAACUAUUUAAUGACCUCAUAUUAAUAUCAGAAGGGAAUGUUGUGUAUCAUGGUCCUCGUGAUCAAGUUCUUGAAUUUUUUGAAGGUUGCGGAUUUAGGUGUCCAGAGAGGAAAGGAGUAGCUGAUUUUGUCCAAGAGGUAAUCUCUAAGAAAGAUCAAGAGCAGUACUGGUACUCAACCGAGAAAGCUUUUCGGUAUGUAUCAGUGGAGGAAUUCUCCAAAAAGUUUAAGGCAUCUCGUUUUGGGAAGAAGCUAGAUGAGGAUCUUACACAGCCAUAUGAUAAAUCUCAAGGCCAUGAGAAUGCUCUUUCCUUCAGUGUGUAUUCCAUCUCUAAAUGGGAACUUCUUAGAGCUUGUGCAUCAAGGGAACUUCUUCUCAUGAAGAGAAAUUCUUUUGUUUACAUAUUCAAAACAAGCCAGCUCAUCAUCAUUGCUUUCAUGACUAUGACUAUGUUCUUGAGGACUAGAAUGGAAGUUGAUGUUGUUCAUGCUAAUUUCUAUAUGGGUGCUCUGUACUAUGCUCUUAGCAUACUUUUUCUUAAUGGAAUUCCUGAGAUGUCAAUGACUAUUCAAAGGCUUAAUAUUUUCUACAAACAGAAAGAAUUGCGUUUUUACCCAGCUUGGGCUUAUGCAAUUCCAGCUGCUUUGUUAAAGAUUCCUCUUUCACUUUUGGAAUCUGUGGUUUGGACUUGUCUUACUUAUUAUGUGAUAGGAUACAGUCCUGAGAUCCAGAGGUUCUUGCGGCAAUUCUUUCUGUAUUUUGUUCUUCACUUGGCAUCAUUGUCCAUGUUCCGUUUCUUGGCAUCAUUCUUUCAGACUAUGGUUGCUACUACGACAGCUGGUAGUUUUACAAUACUGUUUGUGUUACUCUUUGCUGGAUUCAUUAUACCACAACCGUCAAUGCCAGUUUGGUUGAAAUGGGGUUUCUGGUUUUCACCCUUGACAUACGGAGAAAUAGGCCUUUCAGUAAAUGAAUUUCUUUCACCACGAUGGCAAAAGAUGUUAACCACUAAUACUACAAUUGGACAAGAAACACUUAUGAGCCGUGGCCUGAACUUUGAUGGAUAUCUUUAUUGGAUAUCAGUUGGUGCCUUAUUUGGUUUCGCAAUACUUUUCAAUGUUGGGUUUAUACUGGCUUUGAGUUUCUUUAAGUCUCCUAAAUCAUCAUCUGGUGCAAUUAUUUCACAAGAAAAGCUCUCCCAACUUCAAAGAACUGGUGUGCAUCAGAAAGAAGAUUCUAACGUUUGGACUCCUAAAACUGAUGAAUGCAAGAUGGUCUUACCUUUCACUCCCUUGACAAUGGUGUUUCAGGAUGUGCAAUAUUAUGUUGACACCCCAUUGGAAAUGAAGGAACGAGGAUUUAGUGAGAAAAAACUCCAACUUCUUGCUGAUAUUACAGGUUCAUUUAGGCCUGGAGUUCUCACUGCAUUGAUGGGAGUUAGUGGGGCAGGGAAAACUACUUUACUUGAUGUUCUUGCUGGAAGAAAAACCAUUGGAUACAUAGAAGGAGAUAUUCGAAUUGGUGGAUAUCCUAAAGUUCAAGAAACAUUUGCCAGGAUUUCAGGAUACUGUGAGCAGACUGAUAUACAUUCACCACAAAUCACUGUAGAAGAAUCUGUCAUUUUUUCAGCUUGGUUGCGUCUAGAUUCUAAGAUUGAUGCAAAAACUAAAGCUGAUUUUGUGAAUGAAGUUCUUGAGACCAUUGAACUUGAUGGAAUAAAAGAUGCCUUAGUAGGAAUACCUGGUGUUAGUGGUCUUUCGAAUGAGCAGCGUAAGCGGCUAACAAUAGCUGUGGAACUUGUCUCAAACCCAUCCAUAAUCUUUAUGGACGAACCCACAACUGGCUUGGAUGCUAGAUCAGCUGCAAUUGUCAUGAGAGCAGUGAAGAAUGUUGCUGAUACUGGUAGAACAAUUGUUUGUACCAUUCACCAACCUAGUAUCGACAUAUUCGAAUCUUUUGAUGAGCUAAUCCUUCUGAAAAUUGGUGGACGCAUAAUAUACUCUGGACCACUUGGGAAGAACUCAACUAGAGUUAUAGAAUACUUUGAGGGUAUUUCUGGAGUUGCAAAUAUUAGGAAUAACUGUAAUCCAGCAACAUGGAUGCUAGAAGUCACUUCUUCAUCUUCAGAAGCUGGACUUGAAGUAGAUUUUGCCAAAAUUUACAAAGAUUCUUCUUUAUACAAGAACAAUAAAAAUCUCGCAAAGCAAUUGAGUACUCCACCACCUGGUUCAAGAAAUCUUCAUUUCCCAACUCGUUUUUCACAAAAUGCAUGGGGACAAUUCGAAUCUUGCUUAUGGAAACUCAACUUGUCUUAUUGGAGAAGUCCUUCAUACAACUUUAUGCGUUUAAUGCAUACCCUUGUUACAUCUUUUGUCUUUGGGGCAUUAUUUUGGAACCAAGGAAAGAAAAUAACCAACCAGCAGAACUUAUUCAAUAUAUUUGGUUCGAUGUAUACAUCCGUGGGAUUCUUGGGAAUCAACAAUUGCAUGACUGUGUUACAACAUGUGGCAACAGAGAGAACAGUUAUGUAUCGAGAAAAAUUUGCAGGGAUGUACUCAUCGUGGACUUAUUCACUUGCCCAGGUAGCAGUUGAAAUUCCUUACACAUUCACUGAAGCUGUGCUUUUUCUGAUAAUAACAUAUCCAAUGAUUGGAUAUUAUUGGACAACAUAUAAAAUUUUCUGGUACUUCUAUACAAUUUUUUGUACAUUUUUGUACUACAACUAUCUUGGAAUGAUGCUUGUUUCUAUGACACCCAACUUCAACAUUGCUGCCAUUCUAGCUUCAUCUUGCUACACAUUGUUCAAUCUUUUCGCGGGUUUUCUUAUUCCUAAACGUCAUAUUCCAAAGUGGUGGAUUUGGUUGUACUAUCUGAUUCCAACAUCUUGGUCACUAAACGGUUUACUAACUUCUCAAUAUGGAGACAUAAGCAAGGAAAUUGAAAUCUAUGGAGAAGUCAAAACAGUGGCUACAUUCAUAGAAGAUUACUUUGGUUUUCACUAUGACCAACUACCACUUGUGGCAGCUGUUCUUAUUGCCUUUCCUCUUGUUUAUUCAUCUCUAUUCACUUACUGCAUAGGAAGGUUGAACUACCAGAGAAGAUAACACAAAUUCAUUAACAUCUAUGUACAUAUGUUACCUCUUUUGCUUCUCUGUAAAUCAUCAUUCCAGGGCCCGGACCUGGACCCGGGCCCGACCCUGAAUUUUAGUGAGUCAUAAACAAAAAUAAAACUACAAAAGCAUUUAUUAAAGUAUUUUUGUAAUUAUUUUACAGUUUAAACAAACUGUACAUGUAACAUGUGUAGUUAAUGGUGUCUUUACAUGUGUGCACACAAACUUAGAAACAAAAUCUGUUGUGAGAGAAUUGAAUCAGAUUAAUUUUUAAGAACAUUGGGUAGUUUUAC